AAGUUUUUCAGUAAAACAAAAGAUUUUUGCUAUAAAAAAUAAAAUAAAGACACACGGAGUGAAAGUGUUGUUGUUAACUAUCGAAAGACGAGGUUGCCGGCUGUGUGACACAAUCGAUCACCAGUUCUCGAUCUUGUUCCUCUCUACUCAGAUUUAGGGUUUUCCACUAAUUCCUGUUUGCUACGUAUCGCGCAAUUCCUCAUCAGAUACUACAUCGCGGUUUUAGAAUAAUGGCGGAAGAUCUGGUUUUGGAUACUGCAAUCAGAGAUUGGGUGUUAAUCCCUUUAUCUGUUGUUAUGGUUCUUAUUGGUGUGCUUCGUCAUAUUGUUUCCAAGCUUUUGCGUUCUUCUCAAACUCCUGAUAUCAAAAUUGUCAGAGAAGGGCAAGUUAUGCUUAGAGCUCGGAAUUUACGUGCUGCUGCUAAUUUUAUUCCUUCUAAGGCUUUUCGUGCCCGCAAGCUUUAUUAUUGUAACGAGGAAAAUGGUCUAUUGUUCGUUCCGAAGGGCCAAGCCACGAAUCCACAAGCACAGAUGUUCUCUGAUCCGAACAUGGCCAUGGAUAUGAUGAAGAAAAAUCUUUCAAUGAUCAUUCCUCAGACUCUUACUUUUGCUUGGGUGAACUUUUUCUUUUCUGGAUUUGUAGCAGCCAAGAUACCCUUUCCAUUGACACAAAGGUUUAGGUCUAUGUUACAGAAUGGAAUAGACCUCAGCACAGUUGAUGUUAGCUACGUCAGCAGUCGCUCCUGGUACUUCCUCAAUCUGUUUGGCUUAAGAGGAUUGUUUAGUCUCAUCUUGGGGGAAGAAAAUGCUGUAGAUGAUACACAAAGAAUGAUGCAAAUGGGUGGUGGAUUCGGAUUUGAUCCUUCAAAGGGUCUGAGUGUUGAGAAAGACAAUCUUGACAUAACCCAACAUGACUGGGCCUUGCCAAAUUUCGAGCAUCAUGCUGAAGAUGUUUUGAAGAGAGUUAUUAGCUGAACAAUACCUAUAUGACAUCGGAAGUUUAAUUGCUUACCUUAGGGGAAACCCUUACAUUCUAUUGUUGCGGUUGGACCUUUGCCAUCCUUGGCAAAAGAUAUUGAAGAUCUUGUCGAGACAAUGAAUGAGUGUAAUGUUGAAACAAAAAAAUUGUGUAUUUAUUGUCAAAAAAUUGUCACGAUUUUGUUUAAACCAGAACUGAUGUUAUUUAAGAAUGCCAGUAGCCAUAAGAAAGAAGGUUAGAGAAUUUUCCUAUGAAAUAUUGAACCGUGUAUACGUGUUUAAACUUUGAAGUCAUAUAUGUGAUAUGUAUUUCUGUA